AUGAUUGCCAAGUCUACCCCCAUGCAGCUCUUCGUCUUAGCCCUCCUCCUCGCUGCAACCAUCUGUAAUGGCACAGGCAGACCCACUGGCUUCCCCCCUAGGCGUUUCCUUGAGAAAAAGUUUGCCGACAUCGACGGCAAGAAGAUGGCAUAUGUCGAAGUUGGCACAGGCGACCCGAUCGUCUUCCUUCACGGCAAUCCAACCUCUUCCUUCCUGUGGCGCAACGUCAUGCCGCAUCUCGAAGGGCGCGGACGCCUCAUAGCCCCUGACCUCAUCGGCAUGGGCGACUCGGACAAGCUCGACAACAGCAACAAGUACAGGUACACCUUCCUCGAACACAGCAACUAUCUUUACCGGCUCUUUGAGAUAAUUGGCGUGAAGGAGCGGGUGACGUUUGUAAUUCAUGAUUGGGGCACCGCACUAGGCUUCCACUGGGCGUAUCUGAAUCGUAAAAAUCCUAAUUCCGUGAAGGGGAUCGCGUUCUUUGAAGGCUUUGUGUCAACGUUCGAACGGUACGGCGACUUUCCAGAGGAGAUCGAACCGUUUUUCAGAGUGCUGCGAAGCCCGGCCGGUGAGCAGCUGGUUCUCGAAGACAACGCAUUUGUGGAAGACCUCAUUCCUAGCGCGAUUCUGCGCAACUUGACGAAGCCAGAGUUUGACGAAUAUCGUAGGCCGUUCCUGAAAGCGGGAGAGGACAGGAGGCCUAUGCUGACAUGGCCAAGACAAGUGCCCAUUGAGGGGGAGCCUGCGGAAGUCGUAGCCAUUGUGAAGAAAUAUUCUAAAUGGCUGGCGAGAUCAGAGUUGCCGAAAUUGUUCAUUGACGGAAAGCCAGGAUUGAUAUCGCCAAGCAUGAGGGCAGUUGUUAAGAAGUGGAAGAAUACGGAAAUGGCUGCAGUAAAGGGGAUUCACUACUUACAGGAGGACUCGCCAACGGAGAUUGGCAAGGCGAUAGCGAAAUGGCUUCCUUAG